CUUCCAACUGCAGAAUAUCUUUUAGACAAUAUCAACUCGGUCGCGUCGGUGGUCGUAGCGUCACCGUAUUACCGUAUUGAAAGGAACCAGUUUUCAAAUCCGCUUUCAGCUCACGAACUCGAUGUCCGCUCGGACGGAUCAUGGAAACUUCAAGCUACAGGGAACGGCUGGAGCACGACUGACAUGAGGAAGGCAAUCAAAGCACCUGAAGGGACGCUGGAGGGUACUCGUGCGGAGGUAGCGAAGAAACCUGAACUUCCGAUCCUUCCGAACUCGGACAAUAGCCAAUGCUCACAUUUGAACUUCUGCUCAGGUGUUGGUACAUGCGCAGGUAUGUGA